UAAUUGCUGAACAAAAAAAGAACAUAUCAGAUAAUGAAAACAUUAUCUUAUCAGUGCACGUGUAUUUAGAGAUAAUAUCAAUCUGUUACUUUAGUUAUGUAUAGUUAUGUAUUCUUAUCUAUUAGAUAGAAUAGUUACUCUGGACUCUUCCGCUAAGGAGAAUAGCAGGUAAUACAUACGAAGCUCUCAUGUAUAAAUAGAUGUGCUAGUAUCUGUAAUUCAUUAUCAUAAAAAUACUUCUGCAAUAUUAAAGUCCAUAUACACAUCCAAUAGCUUCGACAUGGUAUCAGACGACCAGGCUGCGACAUCUUCCCCUGGCAACGACACUAUCAGUAGUGUUCUUCCGUCAUCUCAGGUGAGUCUCUCCAAUGCUCACCAUUUCGUCUCCCUCAAGCUCACUUCCAGAAAUUACUUAUUCUGGAAAACUCAGCUUGUACCCUUGCUCCGAGGAAACCAACUUCUCGGCUAUGUUGAUGGAACCAUGCCUUGUCCGCCCAAAUCAGAUCCUACAUAUUCUACUUGGGUCACUCAGGAUCAGUCUAUUCUCAGUAUGUUGAUAUCCUCUCUGUCAGAGGAAAUUAUGCCGCUUGCAAUUGGGCACUCCACUGCUCGUGAUGUCUGGGUCGCUAUCGAACGAGCCCUAGCCUCUCAAACGCGUGCUCGUUCUCUCAGUCUCCUUACUCAGUUUCAAUCCCUCCGUCAAGGUGAUAUGUCUCACACAGAAUAUCUUGGGAAAGCUAAAGUUCUUGUUGAAAAUCUUGCUCAGUCCGGCCGUCCAGUUUCUCUUGAUGAGCAGAAUCUUUAUGUCUUUCGUGGUCUCCGAUCUGAUUAUCGAUCGAUGGUCUCUACCCUUGCUACUCAACCUGAACCGGCUACACUUGAUGAAAUUGCACAUUUCAUCACCACUCAUCAAUUUAUCUAUGAAGAUGAGCCGUCCAUCCCAGUUUCAGAUCUUGUUCCCUCGCCUCCAACUGCACAUCUGAGUCACACUUCCCACCAGAUGCAUGGCUCGUCUUCUCAAUCUUCUGCUCUGACUUCUUCUGGGAGGCAAGGGGGCUAUCGAGGUAGAGGAUCUGGAUCGCACAGAGGUCGUUCUCCUGCACGUGGUCGUGGUGUACCUCAUUCUAAUCCUCAUUCCACUUGCCUUGUUUGUCAAAUUUGUGGCCG